CCCUCUGCGGAAAGCAAAGUUUGUGGAGAGCCCUCGCAUUCCACAAUCAGAGCUUGGCUCCCCUACACACACCUCCACCACUGCCAAGAAUCCAGACCUGGACACGUACUGCCCUGGGGAGUCAAGCCAGGAGCUGGGCCCCCCUCCGUCGGUGGAUGAGGCAGCCAACACAUUGAUGACGCGCCUGGGUUUCCUUCUGGGAGACAAAGUGAGUGAGGGGCCAGCCGGUACCCAGUACAGCAUGGAGGAACCCGAGGCGAGACAGGGCCAGAACCAGAGGAUCAGCCCGUGCUCCACCCUGACCAGCAGCACUGCCUCCCCCCCUGCAGGCAGCCCCUGCUCCACCCUCCCCCCGGCCAUGCCUGGCCAGGCCGGCAACAAGGACUGUGCCUACGGUUCUGUCACCAGUCCCACCUCAACACUGGAGAGCAGGGACAGCGGGAUUAUCGCCACUCUGACCAGCUAUUCCGAGAACAUGGAGCGAGGCGGCAAAUACGGCGAGGGCUCCCGGGCGAACCUCAAACUGUGGCAGUCCCAGAAAUCAGGCAUGGAUUCGUUCCUGUACAGGGUGGAUGAAAACAUGACAGCCUCCACCUACAGCCUCAACAAAAUCCCUGAGCGCAACCUGGAGAGCAUGUCCUCCCACUCUGCCCACUCCAUCCCUCUGUACCUCAUGCCCCGCCCUAACUCUGUGGCUGCUACCAGUUCAGCCCACCUGGAGGACCUGGCAUACCUGGAUGAGCAGAGACACACUCCAUUACGCACCUCGCUGCGCAUGCCCCGACAGAGCACCACCUGCGGGCCGGGUCGCUCCGGGCAGGACCUGAGAGUGCGUUUUGCACCCUAUCGGCCUCAAGACAUCGCCCUCAAACCUCUGCUGUUUGAGGUCCCCAGCAUCACCAUGGACUCUGUCUUCACGGGCCGCGAGUGGCUCUUCCAGGAGAUCGACGCCCACCUAAACAGUCCCAACGCCAGCACCAAUCACGGUGUGGUGGUGGUCGGCAACAUCGGGUUCGGCAAGACCGCCAUCAUCUCUCGCCUGGUGGCGCUCAGCUGCCAUGGCACCCGCAUGAGGCAGAUCGCCUCCGACAGCCCACAGGCCUCACCCAAACAUGGAGAGGGACUCCCUCUCACCCAGCCUCAGCCCACGCAUGGCACCCUGGGAGGAGGCAGCUGUCCUGGGACCCCUGAGAUGAGGCGACGUCAGGAAGAAGCAAUGAGGAGGCUGGCCUCUCAGGUGGUGGCGUACCACUACUGCCAGGCAGAUAACGCCUACACCUGCUUGGUGCCAGAGUUUGUGCACAACGUGGCGGCUCUGCUGUGCCGCUCGCCGCACCUUGUCGCCUACAGGGAGCAGCUGCUGAGGGAGCCGCACCUACAGAGCAUCCUCAGUCUGCGCUCCUGCGUCCAAGACCCCCUGGCCUCCUUCAGGAGGGGGGUCCUAGAGCCCCUGGAUGCACUUUAUAAAGAGAGGAAGAUCAGCUCCGAGGAGGACCUCAUCAUCCUCAUCGACGGUUUGAAUGAGGCAGAGUUCCACAAGCCUGACUAUGGAGACACCAUCGUGUCCUUCCUCACCAAAACCAUCAAUAAGUUCCCCCCCUGGCUCAAACUGGUGGUCACAGUCAGAACCACGUUACAGGAGAUCACCAACGCGCUGCCGUUCCACCGCAUCUCUCUGGACAGUCUGGAGGAGAACGACGCCAUAGACCAGGACCUGCAGGGCUACAUCCUGCACCGCAUCCACAGCAGCCCGGAGAUCCAGAACAACAUCUCGCUCAACGGCAAGAUGGACAACACCACCUUUGGCAAGCUCAGCGCCCACCUCAAGGCCCUGAGUCAGGGCUCCUAUCUGUACCUCAAACUCACCUUUGACCUCAUCGAGAAGGGCUACCUUGUCCUCAAGAGCUCCAGCUAUAAGGUGGUUCCAGUCAACCUGGCUGAGGUGUACCUGCUGCAGUGCAACAUGCGCUUCCCCACGCAGUCAUCGUUCGAGCGGGCGCUUCCUCUGCUCAAUGUGGCCGUGGCCUCGCUUCAUCCGCUGACUGAUGAGCAGAUAUAUCAGGCCAUCAAUGCUGGUUCGCUGCAGGGCACACUGGACUGGGAGGAUUUCCAGCAACGCGUGGACAACCUGUCAGUCUUCCUAGUGAAGAGGAGGGACGGUACCAGGAUGUUUGUCCACCCCUCCUUCAGGGAGUGGUUGAUCUGGAGAGAAGAGGGAGAGAAGACAAAGUUCCUCUGCGACCCGAGGAGCGGGCACACCCUACUGGCCUUCUGGUUUUCUCGGCAGGAGAACAAGCUGAACAGACAGCAGACUAUCGAGCUGGGCCAUCACAUCCUCAAAGCACAUAUCUUCAAGGGUCUCAGCAAGAAAGUCGGGGUUUCCUCAUCUAUCUUGCAAGGCCUGUGGGUAUCCUACAGCACAGAGGGCCUUUCAGCUGCACUUUCUUCACUGCGAAACCUCUAUACUCCCAACAUCAAGGUGAGUCGGCUACUGAUGCUGGGUGGUGCCAAUGUGAACUACCGUACAGAGGUGCUGAACAAUGCCCCUGUCCUGUGUGUCCACUCCCACUUGGGCUACAUGGACAUGGUGGCUCUGCUGCUCGAGUUCGGCGCCUCUGUCGACGCCCCGUCUGAAAGCGGCCUCACACCCCUGGGCUAUGCCGCCGCCGGUGGACACAUGGCCAUCGUGACCGCACUUUGCCGCAGGAGAGCGAAGGUAGACCACUUGGACAAGAAUGGCCAGUGCGCUCUGGUCCAUGCAGCCCUGAGGGGCCACAUGGAGGUGGUGAAGUUCCUCAUCCAGUGUGACUGGGGCAUGGGGUCACAGCAGCAACAGCAGUCACCACAGACCCAACAACAGGCAGCAUUCACCAAGAGCCACGCAGUCCAGCAGGCCCUCAUCGCUGCAGCCAGUAUGGGAUACACAGAGAUCGUGUCCUACUUGCUGGACCUGCCAGAGAAAGAUGAAGAGGAGGUGGAGAGGGCUCAAAUCAAUAACUUUGACACCCUGUGGGGGGAAACAGCUCUGACUGCAGCCUCUGGUCGAGGGAAGCUGGAGGUUUGUCGUCUGUUGCUGGAGCAGGGCGCAGCCGUGGCCCAGCCCAACAGACGUGGCAUCGUCCCGCUGUUCAGCGCCGUCCGACAGGGACACUGGCAGAUCGUGGAUCUCCUCCUCACACAUGGGGCAGAUGUCAACCUGGCUGACAAACAGGGUCGUACCCCUCUGAUGAUGGCUGCCUCAGAGGGACACCUGGGGACUGUGGAGUUUUUAUUAGCUCAAGGAGCCUCUCUGUCUCUGAUGGAUAAGGAGGGUCUGACCGCUCUGAGCUGGGCUUGUCUGAAAGGCCAUUUACCUGUUGUCCGCUGCCUGGUGGAGAGUGGAGCUGCCACCGACCAUGCAGACAAGAAUGGACGUACGCCCCUCGACCUGGCGGCUUUCUAUGGCGACUCUGAAGUGGUCCAGUUCUUGGUUGACCACGGUGCCAUGAUAGAGCAUGUAGACUACAGCGGGAUGCGUCCUCUUGACAGGGCGGUGGGCUGCAGAAACACGUCGGUGGUGGUCGCCCUGCUCAAGAAAGGAGCCAAGAUAGGAUGUCAGACGCUGCCCAGUCGGCCCCGAGGUCCAGCCACGUGGGCCAUGGCCACCUCCAAACCCGACAUCAUGAUCAUCUUACUCAGCAAACUCAUCGAGGAGGGGGACAGCUUCUACAAGAAGGGGAAGGUGAAGGAGGCAGCGCAGCGCUAUCAGUACGCCCUCAAAAAGUUUCCACGCGAAGGCUUCAGCGAGGACCUCAAGACAUUCAGGGAACUCAAAGUAUCGCUCUUCCUCAACCUGUCCCGAUGUCGGAGGAAAAUGAACGACUUUGGGAUGGCUGAGGAAUUCGCUACAAAGGCACUUGAACUGAAACCAAAAUCAUAUGAAGCAUACUAUGCCAGGGCACGCGCCAAGCGUAGCAGCAGACAAUUUCCUGAAGCCUUAGAGGACUUGAAUGAAGCCAUAAAGCAGUGCCCCAACAAUCGAGAGAUCCAGCGGCUGCUCCAGAGGGUGGAGGAGGAGUGUCGCCAGCUCAGCCAGGAGGAGCACCAGCAGCAGGACCUAGAACUGGAGCCUCCUCCCUCCCCACCUCCUACGCCUCCCCCAGAAGAGGAGGAGUCCCUGUCCCUGUCCAUGCCUCUCCCCCCUCCCCCAGAGCCCCGACUGGAGGACAUGGAGCCUGUCCAGGACCUGUUUGAGGAUGAGGACUACCUGGAGCAGGAGCUGGAGGCGAUGUCUAUGGGUCUGCCCCCACCUGAGUCUCUCACCAAUCCCUCCAGCCUUCCCAUCAUUCAGAGCCCACCGCUCUCCCCCACACAUCCAGAUCAGAUCUAUUUAGCCGGAGGUUCCCCCAUGGGCCAGCCCUAUGAGUAUCACCCCACCUCCUCCUCCAUGUCCUCUCCAACACGUGGGACAUACCAGCCCACAUCGCCCUCUUUAUCCCCAACACAUCAAAACUCCCACUACCGACACAGCCCGCCUCACACCUCCCCAGUGCAUCAGCCAUCUUACCGCUUCAGCCCGCCUCCUAUGGGUACCGGGGGUCAGGGAAUGGAUCACCAGAGCCCACCGCCAUCGCCUUUACGACGAGCUGCUCAGUACAGAGCCAGUCCGCCAGUAGAGAGUGUUUGUCUGUACAGGUCCCAGUCCGGGUCACCUGUGCGCUAUCAGACAGAGCAGCUCCCUGGCCGGCCCAAAUCUCCCCUCUCUAAGAUGAGCAGCCAGCGUUCAUUCCAGCUGAGCUCACAGCCCUCUUUGUCCUCCCAGCACCACCAAGCCCAAGGCCUUCGUCUCCAGCCUUCAAUAGCCCAAAUAGUCCGCACAAACCAGCCCAGAACUGUGAUGGGCAACAGCAGCUACGGUGGCCAGAUGGGCCACUCCAUGGGUGGUCGCUACCAAGGGGGUUCGGUGGAUGUGGAGAGCCGGCUUGUGUACCAGCCCUCCCUGGAUGGACGGUCCAUGCCCCAGGUCCAAGCCAGCCUCAGCUCUGGGGCCCUCUGUCAGCACGGCGGCCGAGGAGGGGUUAUGGAGUCCAGCCUGUUGAAGGAUGAGCUACCCCAGCGCCCCUCCUCUGCCUACCGCGCCAGCAGCGGGGGCCCGGGGGGCAUCCGUUACAGCCAGACACCUCAGAUAAGCCGCAGCCAGUCAGCCGCCUACUACCCAGUCUCUGAGCAUGUUCUGGAGCGUGCCAAUGCCAUGCCCCCCUGCCAGCUGGGCUCUCCUGAGAUCCCCCAUAUGGUGAGACGCCCUGUCAGUGCCAAUACUACUGAGAUGAAGCAGCAUGUGCCCACCCCCAGGCCUCUCAUCCAUUCUCAGAGCGUAGGCCUUAGGUUCUCCCCUUCCAGCAACAACAUCUCAACUGGAUCCACCUCGAAUUUAGCGCCAGGUUUCAGGCCUUCCUCCUCCAUUCAGCAGAUGGAGAUCCCCCUGCAAGCCACAUAUGAGCGCACCUGUGAUGACAUUUCUCCCAUCUCUCCCUCGCAGGGCGGUGGGGGGCUGUAUCAGGGCGAGACCACCCGCUCUCGGAACACGCCCUUCAUGGGCAUCAUAGACAAGACGGCGCGGACUCAGCAGUACCUGCAUCAGCCCUCACGGUCCAGGGCCAUGACGUCCAUGGACUCAGCCAUUAGCCCCACCUCGCCUGGCCAGCUGGUCCAGCAAGGCUCCACCUACAGCCCCCCUGCCUCACUGGGCAAUAUCGCCUACUACAACAAGACCAACAAUGCCCAAAAUGGACACCUGUUGGAGGAGGACUUCUACUCCCAGACCCAGCCCCCCUCUCUUGGCAAACUGGCCAACGGCUCCCGUGGCAGUGGGGACAUCCUGGAGCGGGUCAGCCAGGUGCCCACCUACCCGGAUGUGAAGGUGGCGAGGACUCUGCCCGUGGCACAGGCCUACCAGGACAACAUGUACCGCCAGCUCUCGCGUGACUCCCGCACCCAAGGCCCCACCUCCCCCAUCAAACCAAAGAGACCAUUCGUGGAGUCAAAUGUGUGAUGGCCUGUCUGUGACUGGUUGGUUGGACUGGGCUUGUCAGUGGGAGUCAGAGGAGAAAAAUAGUUAGCUCAACAGCAGAUGCUGCUGACCCUUGUAUAUGUGACAUGGACAGACUUGUCUUAAAGAACUCUUGAGAGACAGAUCCAGUCAGAGAGUAAACUACACAGCCGGCACACACGCUUAGGGUAUUAGACAUUAUCUUAUAUGAAAAACAUAACUAACAGUGAAGCGAUUAUUUCAUUAUCAUAUUCUGCACACAGGUAGGAUAACAGGAGGGUCCUAAGUUCUGAUCUCAUACUAAAUCAAAGACCAGUGCACUUCCAAAACAUUGUGUGGCACAAAGUUCCCACAAGUGAACACAACAGGUGGGACUGUAAGAGUGAAAGUACUAAUCAUUGGACUCUACUCGUGGACUCUGUAUCCAUCUUCUGUUCUUUCAAAGUGUGCUCUUAACCAAGGUUGCUAGUAGGCUCUAUUCUAUGUAAUACAAUAUUAUAUGUUCAAUACUGUACAUUGCUCAGAAAAUACAAAUGGCUCAACAACUCAGUACUUAGAGAAAAAUGACAAUAUUUAUAAUUAAGUUAUAUAUUGUACAUAGAAAUCAAACAAAACACAGUUUGCGUUUGAAUUGUAUUCUGUUAACCCUGCCUUUGUGUCCCACUGCUAGUCAUAUGGACGUGGAAAACCAACCAGGGUGAGGAAGGAGGGACACAGACCAACUUUGAAUGAUAUUAUUACCUCUAGUAUGUCAAAAUAAAGAAAGUUGUGGUAUAAUGCAAGAGAAUACUUUUUAUACUGCAAUAUGUCCUCAAUGAUGUAAACUAGGGCUGCAACUAACGAUCACUGUAUCUUCAUUAUCCAUUAAUCUACCAAUUCUUUUUCGAUUACUCAUUUUUUCUGUGAAAUAUAAUAUACUGGUAAAAUAUGCUCAGUAAGUAUCGUUUUUAUGCAUCCAAGACGAUAUUUUCACAUAUGCAGUUUACAGUGAUAUAAUAUAGGAAAAGCAGUGACUCCUCAAAUUGGAGAAGCCAGAGCCAGUGAGUCUGAUUUUUGCUCGAAAAAUGACUGAAAUGAUCAAUCAAUCAAAAUAUUCGGCAAUUAAUUAUCUGUCAGUUAAUUAAUCAACAAAUUGUUUCAGCUGUGCUUUAAUAAACACAUAUAUAGAAUCAGAAAGUGCAUGUUUACACCUUUUAAACUUCAAGCUGAUAUCAAAAUGCUCGUGUGAAAAUGAAAAUCCAACAAUUGCACACUGACGCACACUCACAAUUACAUCUACAUUUUCCAUUGAUUAAAUCAUUUUUGGAACAAGUCACUUUGCCUCAUAUCUGAGGUUCAGAUUAAUAAAUUCCAAUUUUCUGUAUUUCUUUUUAGUGUCAUUUCCGUGUCACAUUCCUCAUGAUAUGCCUCAGUGUGACGUUAAACCAGGUGUCAAGGCUGCAAACCCCCCUUUUUCUCUGUCAGUAAACAUCUUUGAAUACUUGCUUAACCAUCUGCUUAUAUAAACAAGCAAAGCAUCAGUUGCUAUAGUUUUAUACAAGCUCAUGAUUUUUUGAAUUCAUAAAUCUUGUAUUGAGGACAGAUUGCUGUGUUAAGACAAAAAAUAGGCCUUGAGUGCAAUAAAUGUGUUUCUAGUUUGAACCUUUGGCUACAGAAAUGUUCAGUCAUCUUUAUCUGAGUGACAGUGAUGAAAGGAUGAAUAAAAAAUCCUGUGGUGCAUGAUUUUAUCAUGUGGCACAUGAGUAUCAAAGUUCGCCUCUGUCCCUCCUCGGUAUGUAACGACACUGUAUGUUCGUAGAGAUAGUAGAACGUACAGAACAUAUGCUAGUGAUGGGUUAACAUGGAUAGUGCUCAGCGACUAAAAGCAAGCAAAUGCAUACACGACCACUGUUACAGACGUUUCCCUUUCUCCUGCAUUAUUUUGUGCUGUUUCUUUUUACCCAUAAUGCAUUUUUAUUCCGCCACCUCUGCACUAAAAAUGCCUGUUAAGUUCUUAACUAAGGGUGCACUUUAUGUAUUUUACUUAACUGUGUUGUUAUGAUUGUUGAAUUUGGAGAAAGUGGGUGUGUGAUGGGUCAGACCUCUGGCCAGUGAUACCAGACUAUCAUAGACACUAUUAUUAUAUGAUUUACAAAGCAGUGAUGAAUGACAACAUGAAGAGCAAACAAAUGUUUUUAAACUGGUGAAGAUGUAUAGACUUUCUAGCACAAGUUGUAUAUAUACUGGCUCAGAUAUUCCACUCCGUCCAGCUCGGGUUUGUUAGUUAAGCAAGUCUGUUUCAAGAGGCCAGUCAUGUUUAAGUAUUCAUCUAAAAAAAAAUAUCCGUCAAAGUCCUCAAAAUCCAAAUAAGCCAGUCUAAUGCACUGGUCCUGCACACCAUCUUGAAAAUAAGUCGAAUCUACUGCAACAAAAAAAGAAAAAAGGAAAAAGAUUUUAAAAAAAGGUUUCCAGAAACUCCAUAUUUGGGGACUGAGAAAGUGGAAUAAUGAGAAUAUUCAAGUUAUUUGUAUAUGUGCAAAAAGUUAUAGACCGUUUGUCUGUAACAUUUUAUUUUGGUUCUAGAUAAAAAAUAUCUAAAGAAAGACAGUUGUUCCUGACUGUCUUCUGCUCAUCCUCAGUUUCACCUGCUACCAGAGAGAUGCCCUACUUAUCUUUACACAGAUGAAGGUAUAAACUGUACCUAUACUUAAUUUAAACAAGACUUCUAAGUUGAGGAUAUUUGAGGGUGUAUGGUUUCAAGCUGUCUGUGUAUAUUAGUUUGCUGUAAAUAGUCUGAUGCAUGUUCUAUUCUUUCCAUGAGCUCAAGCGGAAACAUGUAUAGCAGUGUCCUGACUCUGGUGUGUGAUACAGUGUUUGGAUCAAGAUAAGGAGACUGCUAUCCCUGAACUAUCCUUAUCAUUUUCCUUAAACCUCACCAGACAAAAGGGAAAGGUUCUUUUAUUUUAUUUUAAUGUAUUUGCUUGCUGAGCAGAGUUCUCUUGUCUGUAAAUGUGAGCUUUCAGAUCGCUGUGAUAAAAAGUUUAAUUAAAAACAAUAAAAAGAAUGUGUUUUUAUCUCA